AUGGGUCAAGGUCAAUCAUCUUCAAAGAAAUUAGGACGAACCUCGUCAAGACAAUUAUCAACAUCUGAUUUAGCAGAUUCAUUAGCCAACACAACAAUCUCAUCAUCAUCGUCAUCAUCCAACAAACCCGAUAAUGCUGGAGCACCUUCCACACCAGGAUCAUCACCUUCUAUAGAUGUAAGUGGCAAUGGCAAUGGGCAAUUCAGUACACCUGCAAGAAUAAGUGCGAGACGUUCUACAGGUAAAGAUAAGAAUGGUUCCAUAUCAAGUUUCUCUUCAGCUUCAGGUGGUGUCAAUAGACCCAACCUAAACACACAAAAUUCAUUCGAUGGUUCGGCUUCUAUAAAAUCUUCCUUAUCACAAGGAGGUAACAAUAACAAUAAUUCAUCUUCAUCACCAACUUCGAUAACGACACCAUCGAAUAUCCCUACAACACAAAACAUCUUAGCAGCGCCUAAAACCAGAUCAUCGUUACUCGGUCAUUCUCCUCCUCCACCUUCGGCAUUAUCUGUUUCUCCAGGUAGACCAGGAUCACCGCCUUUGAGCUCACCAACAGGUCCAGGUCAUAUGCAACGUGAUUCAGCUUCUUCACUCUCACCAGGUGCAGCUUUAACUGCCACCAUAAGUAGAUCAAGUAUCGGAGGUACAAGCGCAACCGGUCCACAAGUUUUAGAUGUCGAUAAUAUGAUUCACAGAUUGCUGGAAGCUGGGUAUAGCGGGAAAGUAACCAAAUCACCCCCAUUGAAAAACGCAGAAAUAGCAAGUGUCUGUGCAGCCGCAAGGGAAGUAUUCUUAUCUCAACCUACUUUAAUCGAACUCAGUCCUCCAGUAAAGAUUGUAGGAGAUGUUCAUGGUCAAUAUGCCGAUCUGAUUCGGAUGUUUGAAAUGUGUGGAUUCCCUCCGGCGGCCAAUUAUCUAUUCUUGGGUGAUUAUGUCGAUCGAGGAAAACAGUCGUUGGAGACUAUUCUUUUACUGUUAUGUUACAAGAUUAAAUACCCUGAGAACUUCUUCUUGCUACGUGGAAAUCACGAAUGUGCAAAUGUGACAAGAGUGUAUGGCUUCUAUGACGAAUGUAAAAGAAGGACGAACAUCAAAACUUGGAAAACAUUUAUCGACGUAUUCAAUGCUCUCCCAAUCGCGUCUAUCGUAGCCAGUAAGAUUUUCUGUGUACAUGGUGGAUUGAGUCCUAGUUUGAAGAGUAUGGAUGAUAUAAGGAGGAUCCAGAGACCGACAGAUGUACCGGACUAUGGACUAUUGAACGAUUUAGUAUGGUCCGAUCCAUCCGACACGGCAUUAGAUUGGGAGGAUAAUGAAAGAGGUGUAUCAUUCUGUUAUGGAAAAAGUGUAAUCAACGCUUUCCUUGCAACUCAUGAUAUGGAUUUGAUUUGUAGAGCACAUAUGGUUGUUGAGGAUGGGUAUGAGUUCUAUAACGAUAGGACAUUAGUCACUGUCUUUUCCGCACCAAAUUAUUGCGGGGAAUUCGAUAACUUCGGAGCGGUCAUGUCAGUUUCAGAAGACUUGUUAUGUUCUUUCGAGUUACUCAAACCACUGGAUGGAGCGGCAUUGAAGAAGGAAAUGACAAAAUCUAAGCGGAAAAGCUUGCAAAACCAUCAGAGUCCACCUAAUAACCCUAUGGCACAAAGCUUUUGA